GCUCGCGCCACGUCAGGGCUAAGAGUCUCAUCUUCCAUCCUGAGAACAACAACAGAAAACCAGCAGGUUUCUCUGCAGCUUUCUGCGCUGUUAAAGUGUUUUCAUCAUGCUCUACCUGGGGCUGAGCUGCUUGCUGCUGCGUGUGUUUGUGGUGUUAGCAACAGAGCUAACAUUUGAGCUUCCUGACCAGCAUAAACAAUGUUUCUACGAGGACAUGGACGCAGAUGUGAAGUUUGACAUGGACUUCCAGGUCAUCUCAGGAGGUAACUACGAUGUGGACUGCCUCGUCACUGAUCCCCAUAACAAUGUCCUGUACAAUGAAAAGAAGAAGCAGUAUGACAGCUUCGCUCACACCACAACUAAGAAAGGGGUCUACAGAGUCUGCUUCAGCAACGAGUUCUCCACCUUCACACACAAAAUUGUGUACUUGUACUUCCGCCAUGGAGAGGAGGCUCCUCUUCUGGACAGCAUGAGCAGGAGCACAGCUCUGACUCAGCUGGAGUCGUCCUGCGUCGCCAUUCAUGAGAUCCUGAAGGUGGUGGCCGAGUCGCAGACGUGGUACAGACUCAGGGAGGCGCAGGACCGCACCAAGGCGGAGCACCUCCUUCAGAGGGUGACGUACUGGUCCAUCGGGGAGACCGCCCUGUUGUUUACCAUCGGCAUCGGUCAAGUCAUGCUGCUGAAGAGCUUCUUCACCGACAAGAAAGGCUCCGUGGCCACCGCUUUGAGCUCCUCUGCCCUGGGGCCCCCUAGUGGCCCUGGGGCCCCAAGCAGCCGCUCAGUUUGCUUAUGCCUUGGGCCGGCCCUGCUUAGAGGAUGUUCUUUCACAUCACUAGCUGCCACGUUAGUGACCGUGAAGUCCUGUGGAGACAUGGCGCGUCACCUGAAGGCUCUAACGACCGUGUGGAGGAGCUCAGCCUGGACUGGGGUGUUCCCGAACCCCGCCGUGGUUUCACCAGUCCUUUACCAGCACAGACCCGCACAAAAGAGAAACUACUCAACAAGGCGCAUCAAGGUGGACAAGCCGGUGGUGGAGAUGGACGGAGAUGAAAUGACUCGUAUUAUUUGGGAGUUCAUCAAAGAAAAGCUCAUCUUGCCAAACUUGGACGUAGAGCUGAAGUAUUUCGACUUGGGCCUGCCCUACAGAGACCAAACCGACGACCAGGUCACCGUUGACUCCGCUCUGGCAACCAAGAAAUAUAAUGUGGCUGUGAAGUGUGCCACGAUCACCCCUGAUGAAGCCAGAGUUGAAGAGUUUAAACUAAAGAAGAUGUGGAAAAGUCCCAACGGAACCAUCAGGAACAUCCUGGGCGGCACAGUUUUUCGAGAGCCAAUCCUUUGUAAGAACAUUCCCCGUCUCGUUCCCGGUUGGACAAAACCCAUAACGAUUGGCAGACAUGCUUUUGGUGAUCAGUACAGAGCCACAGACUUUGUUGUCGACAAGCCCGGCAAGUUUAAGCUAGUUUUUUCCCCGAGUGAUGGGAGCAAGCUGCAGGAGUGGGAGGUGUACAACUUCACCGCUGGGGGCUGUGGGAUGGGAAUGUACAACACCGAUGAGUCCAUCAGUGGCUUCGCUCACAGCUGCUUCCAGUAUGCCAUCCAGAAGAAGUGGCCUCUGUACAUGAGCACCAAGAACACCAUCCUGAAGGCCUACGAUGGCCGAUUCAAAGACAUCUUCCAGGAAAUCUUUGAGACGACCUACAAGCCUGAGUUUGACAAGCUGAAGAUCUGGUACGAGCACCGACUCAUUGACGACAUGGUGGCCCAGGUCCUCAAGUCCUCCGGAGGAUUUGUUUGGGCCUGUAAAAACUACGAUGGAGAUGUGCAAUCAGAUAUUCUGGCUCAGGGUUUCGGAUCUCUGGGUCUCAUGACGUCGGUGCUGGUGUGUCCAGACGGUAAGACGAUCGAGGCAGAGGCCGCUCAUGGCACCGUCACCAGGCACUACCGCGAACAUCAAAUAGGCAAACCAACCAGCACCAACCCCAUUGCAAGUAUCUUUGCAUGGACGAGGGGACUGGAGCACCGAGGAAAACUGGAUGGAAACUCUGAACUAAUAAAGUUUUGUCAGACUUUAGAAAAAGUCUGUGUGGAAACUGUGGAAGGGGGUGUGAUGACCAAAGAUCUUGCAGGAUGCAUUCACGGCUUGACCAACGUCAAGCUGAACGAACAUUAUGUCAACACCUCAGACUUCCUGGACGCCAUCAAGACCAACCUGGACAAAGCUCUAAACAAAUGA